UGGCAUACUCGUGCAUGCUUAUAUCAUAGACCAUUAUUGUAGAUGUCAACUGUGUAAGAUGUAAUUGUGUAAUAUCACGAUUUAUGCGUGCUACGAUUGAUGGCAAUCGUUAAUUAUGUAUACAAACGAUUGAAUAUGCAACGACUCAGUAUAUUGUCGAUAAGAAAGGUCGUGGCCAUCGUGAAAGUUCAUCUUUGGCUGUGAGUUUAAUACCGCAACGAAAUUCAUCGAUCGUGCAUGCGAUAAAUUAGUAUCCUCUCUCUGUCGUUAAUAACGCAUAAAAUACUUUUGGAAAAUUAUCUUUAGCUAUUAGCUAAAGCAAUAAUUUUUAUUGCCCCUCUUCUCUCUUCCAUCGAAUGUGAGUGUACAGGGGUCAGUGCGCGGAAUUCUUUGUCCUCACGCAAGGUCCGAAUGUGUUGCGCGAGCAGGUCCAACGUCUAAUUGAAACCAGGACCACUGGUGCAUGAACGUCAUUGUUCUUGCCGAACAACAUGAUCUUCUGUCUUGCAUCUCCACGGGUCAUUGUCGUGCUGUUCUAGAUUUCUUUUCGCUAGAUCUUCUGUCCGUUAUCGUCGUCACAGCUGUUCGAAACGAAUCGUCUAAGAAAAUUGUCGGUGCACCGCUUAAAGUAAAAGAAUUAUGAUUCGGCUAAAUAAAUUUAAUAAUGAUUGCGUUGGACACAAAUAGUGCGAAUCACAGGAGAACUACAUGAAAAGUGUAGAAUGUAUAACCCAAUAAUUAUAUGACAGUCUGUGUGGUUAUUGUUUCUAAAUCGACAAGUGAAUAAUUAAAUGAGGUUUAAUAUGGUGAGCACAAAUCCGCCCAUAGGGACAAACACCCUCAACCGUAAGAGAAAUACAUUUUGUGGAAUACCAAAGGCUGAAAUUGAACGUAGGACUAAUGCGCUUUUACAAUCCAUGACGAUCGAAGAGCUUUAUGCUGCGCUAGUGUAUAUGACACAACAUCAAAUUGGCUUCGACGUUUCUAAAGAAUGUAACCAAGAAACUCUUUUGAACCAUUUACAAAGUGCCUUCAAAAUUGAUAAUAAAACACACGAGAGAGUAUUGGAACAAACGCAAAAUCUUGAGCCACCAGAACUGCAUCUUAACAUUGAAGUAAUCGAAGCCAAAGAAUUAGUCCCCAAAGAUUCGAAUGGUAAAAGUGAUCCUUUCUGCGCCCUUUAUCUCGAAUCAGCGCCUACCAGAAGAUACAAUACUGCCGUAAAAACAUGUACAUUAAGUCCAAUCUGGGAAGAACACUUUGAACUGCCGCUGGAGGACCCUGAAAAUGACAUUUUAUAUCUUGAAGUAUGGGAUUUUGAUGCUGCCGAAACUGUGCCUGAAAAAAUGAGUAAAGUUAAAGAUAUUAAAGGUGUUCGUGGCUUAGUUAAAUUAGCCAAAGAAAUUGCAGUAACAGCUACAACUGGUAGUCAUAAUAAUGAAUUUAUUGGUCGAUGUCGGAUAUCCUUGAAGGAUAUACCUACAACGGGUCAUACUAUGUGGUACGCUCUAGACAAGAAAAAUAAGUCCAAACGUCGUGGCGUUGUAAAGCUCCGAUUGGCCUUCAGUGCAGAACAUAAUGCACAAGUGGCCGCACAAGAACACCGACACCUGCUAAGAGUGUUGCUGCUUCAUGAGAUUGAAAUGGAAAAAAUUGAAAAGUAUUGUUGGUGUGGUCGUUGGUCGGGACCAGCCGAAGCACUCAUUCUUCAACAUAGCGCGCAACGUGGCUUACUAGCCAGAAAUCUCGCUUUGGCACAAUGGAUUGAAUAUGCAAGGAUCCACGAGGAACAUCCAUUAAGUUUCACAAUCUUUAAUGAACUUAUAAUCAAUUUGCUUAGACCAAUGGACAGUGGUCUGUUUUCCGUUGAUGAAACAAAACUCUUUUGGAAAGCCACAAAGAAAAUUGUAUUUUCAUGCCUAAACACUAUACGAAAAAUUAGAAAAUUGAUUUUAGGGAACCAAAAUACGAUAAUACAAUUAACUUCCAUCUUAAGGGUAUUAUCAUCCAUAUCCUCUUUGAAAGUUCCUGAAGAUGUUGACUUCUUUCCCGCCAAAAUGUACUUUUGGUUUCCUGAAUCUGAAAAUUUGAAAAUAGAUAUACUCCAAGGUUUAGAAUACACUAUUACACAAAGUUGUGCUGAAUGGUUUGAACAUAUAUUAAGCAAUAAUUCGCCUGAAACAGAAUCUGAUGAAGACGCGCUUAGGUAUCAUAUUAAAGUAGUUCAACUGAUUAGAGCAGAUUUACAGAGAGCUAUUGAUUAUUAUGACAAAAUAUUCAUAAAGAAAAUCAAUAUUCCAUAUGCAAGAAUGAUGUAUUAUGCGUAUGAAAAGAGAAUCAGUGAUAUGUGCAUGAUCAUUAUAGAGGACGUGUGUGCCAGAUUGAAACGAAUUGAAGUUGAUAGCACUGAUAAUGCGGAAUUGAGCCUAGGCACGACUCUAUUCGAGCUUUAUCUUAUACUUCAAAGAUAUGCCACACUUGGCCAAGUACUUUGUGCCGAAGGACAGCUAGAGAAUAUGAAGAUACAGAAUUAUUACGAUUGGUUUAAGGGCGGUGUCGCGCAUUGGCUGGAAAUUGCAGUAUAUAAAGCACUUAAACGCAUCGAUAGAGCAGUCGAAAUUGAUACUUUGCAAGCAGUCGACAGUAGCGUUCAGUAUAGUUCAAGCGCUGUAGAUACAUUAACAACAUUCUAUCAAAUUAAAGUUUUUUGGACGCAGCUAGCGUGGCCCGAUAUUGAAGGUUCUUAUACGUUCAUAGCAAGAAUUAUUGAUGAUAUUUGUAAAUGUUCCAUGGCAUAUGCUGAUAAAAUGGCAGAAAAAGCGGAGAUAACAACGGAAUUAGAACAACUUUCUCAGAGCAGCGUGUAUGAAAAAAGAUUUACAAUAUCAACAGCAUGGUGCUUUGCUAUUAAUAAUAUCGAUUAUAUCAGAACAUCGAUUGCACCACUGGCUCAGGACUUGGGAUUACAGGAUAUUAUAAAUGCUUUAGGAGAGCACAAGACUCAUGAAGAGGCUGAUCGUUGUCGACAGACUCUUCAGCUUAUCAUUAACAAUGCCACAGAUACUGUGAAGAACAAGAUCAUAGAGUUAUUGGAAAUUGUAGCCAAUAAAAUGGCUCCUGCAAUGAAUAGAUAUCUCAUGGAGGGUGCCGAAUUAAUUGACACAACCAGCAACGCGAUGGAUCGUCUGCUACAGUAUUUAGACAGUAAUCUAGCAACUUUGCAUGAUAAUCUCAACGAGGACAACUUUAACAGAGUUCUCCAUGUGAUUUGGGAAAUCAUAUCACAAACGUUGUAUGAUCUAGUCAACACUAAUUUAGAGAAACGACGACCACCAGCAUUUUACUCGAAUUUGCAUAAAACUCUUCACACGCUCAUUCGAUUCUUUAAUCUCGGUGCUGAUGAAACAGCAAACAUCCAGGUUUUGGAAAAAAUAGAACGUCUCUUACAAUUACAUGGACUCGAGACUGCUGAGCUCAUACAUCGUUAUCAUCAAGAACGCAUGGAGGAACAGAAGAAAAUGGAAGAACCUGUUUAUGGUCUUGUCAGCAUCAAAGCAUAUUUUGUUGAUAAUUCGUUGAACAUCCAGAUUCUAAAUGCCAGAAAUCUCCGAUGUAUGGAUAGCAAUGGCAAUUUUAUAAGCAAGCUGUCUACUCUCGAGCGUAAACUACAUUCAAAAUCUAAACAAAAAGUCAAAGAAGGGAAGACAAGUAAAUGCGAUUCCUAUGUGAAGAUCAGAUUAUUACCCGAGGAGAAAUUUGCCGAAGUUAAAACGCCUAAGACGCAUGUGCAGAAGGAAACACAGUUUCCCCUUUUCGACGAAACGUUUAACAUUCCUCUUACUCCGGAACAAAGAGCCGUAGAGAACGCUAUAGUAGCAUUUGAAUUAAAAGACAAGGACUUUCUUAGAGCAAGAUUUAUGGCUGAAGCUUUCCUAACAUUUAAUGAGAUUCCUGACACUGAACCAGAAACUAGCUUCGCAAUUUUAAAUCAAAUUCAUUUAAAGCUUUCUCGUCCGACCAAAAAAGAUACAGACAUCAUUCGUGCAUUGGAACACCGAAAAGGAGACAAUCAAGCGAUGGACUUCAUUUCAAGGCUUAAUACUAAGAUGAAUUCUAAAUGAUACACGUGGAGUUUCAACUUUAACAUUGAUCUACGUUUGGAUAAUUUUCGAAAAUACGCAAUGCAAAAUGUAUUCACGCAACUCAGUCUGUAUAAGGCAUGGCAAUGUUAAUAUCGCAACCUGCCUUACCAAAAGUCGCUGUGAAUGUUUCUUGAUAAAUAUGUUUCGGUCAUCGUGUUAUUAUUAAUUCCAUAACACGAUGCUGACAAAUGUCUUAAGGCUGUGCACAGUUUCGAUCGUUUUUAUACUUUCGAGAGAAUUAUUCAAUAACGCAUUUCGAAACUUUAACCGAAGGCUGAGUAAGUGCUACUUAGAAAGAAGUAUAAUUGUAUUUAUUAUACAGUAGUAAAUUAUAUGUUGAACAACUAUAAUACACAUACUCAAAAAUAUUUUUGUAAUAUAAUUUAAACGAUAACGUACUUGCAAUG